AUGGCUCUCUCUGGUUCACAAAAGAAGCUGCUUAUACUGGUCGUGGCCAUUGCAUGUCUCUCCUCAUCUGGCGCAGAGGCGUGGAGUUGGAGUUGGAGUAACGGGUCGGGUUGGGGCUGGGGAUCUGAUGGGUCAAGUAGCUCUAGCUCAGGUUCUGGUUCGAACUCUGAUGGCUCUGGUUGGGGAUCCGGCUCAGACAACUCAGGCUCAAGUUCAGGUUCAGGUUCAGGUUCAAACUCUGAUGGCUCUGGUUGGGGUUGGGGUUGGGGCUGGGGAUCUGAUAGGUCAAGUGGCUCUGGCUCGGGUUCAGGUUCAGGUUCAGGUACCAACCCUGACGGUUCAAGUUGGAGUUGGAACUGGAGUCCUAAGUCAGGUUGGAGUUGGAGUUGGGAUUCAGACAACAACAACUCAAACAGUUCCGGUUCGGGUUCGGGUUCGGAUGUGGACAAUGAAGGACCAAGAAAGAUCGUAGUUGGAGGAUCAGACGGAUGGACAAAAGGGUUAGAUUACAAACAGUGGGCUUCCGAUAAUGCUCCUUUCUACAUCAAUGAUGUUCUUGUUUUCAAGUAUAGCAAAUCUGCCAAGCGUAGGAAUAAUGUGUACUUGUUCCAAGAUCCAUGGAGUUACAUGAAUUGCGAUAUCGAAAACGCGAAAAAGAUUGGUUCAACGUCGAAGAAAGGAUCGCAAGAAAGUUUCAACUUCACACUUACGAAGAUACAGCCUUACUUCUUUGCCUCCGGGGAGCAUGAUGGAGAUUAUUGCUGUAACCAUAACAUGAAGUUCACUGUCUUCCCAGUUCCUCACACUUCCUAAGUAACAUGAAGUGGACAACACUUACAUAUGAUU